GUAACCACGCCUCUGGGUCUGCCGACACCCCCGCUGGCCCUUGGAAAGGGUACUGAUAAAAUAAACGGAGAAACAGUUUAAAAGAAGAAUUGGAAGACAAGCCUUUAAAGCUGUGCAACCAUGAAAACUGUGUAUUUCUUACUCACUGUCAUCUUCAUCCCAUGGGGAUUUUCUUUGGCCAAGUUUGAUGAAUUUGAUGAUGGAGAUGACAUUGUUGAAUAUGACGAUAAUGACUUUGCUGAAUUUGAAGAUGUGAUUGAAGAUCUUGCCACAGAAUCUCCUCAGCGGAUUGUCAUGACUGAAGACGAUGAGGAGGAGGCCACAGUCGAACUUGAAGGGCAAGACGAAGGUCUUGACUUUGAGGAUGCUGAUGCUCAGGAAGGUGAUACAGAGAGUGAACCAUACGAUGAUGAAGAGUUUGAAGGUUAUGAGGAGAAACCUGAUGCAACUCCUGGUAGAAAUAAAGACCCUAUUACCAUUGUUGAUGUCCCUGCCCACCUCCAGAACAGCUGGGAAAGUUACUACAUGGAAAUCUUAAUGGUGACGGGCUUACUUGCUUACAUCAUGAACUAUAUCAUUGGGAAGAAUAAGAACAACCGUCUGGCUCAGGCCUGGUUCAAUAGUCACCGGGAGCUCCUUGAAAGCAACUUUGCCCUUGUUGGGGAUGAUGGCACAAAUAAAGAAGCCACAAGUACCAGCAAGCUGAAUCAAGAGAAUGAGCAUAUUUAUAAUCUCUGGUGUUCUGGAAGAGUGUGCUGUGAAGGAAUGCUUAUCCAGCUCAAGUUUCUCAAGAGACAAGAUUUGCUCAAUGUGCUUGCUCGUAUGAUGAGGCCAGCCUGUGACCAAGUGCAAAUAAAAGUGACAAUGAAUGAUGAUGACAUGGAUACCUAUGUGUUUGCUGUUGGGACAAGAAAAGCCUUGGUGCGGCUUCAGAAGGAAAUGCAGGACUUGAGUGAGUUCUGCAGUGAUAAACCGAAGACUGGGGCAAAGUAUGGGCUCCCAGAGACAUUGGCUAUCUUGUCAGAGAUGGGCGAAGUGACAGAAGGAAUGAUGGAUACUAAGAUGAUCCAUUUCCUCACACAUUAUGCUGACAAGAUUGAGUCCGUCCAUUUUUCGGACCAGUUCUCUGGUCCAAAACUUAUGCAAGAGGAAGGUCAGCCUUUGAAACUGCCAGAAACUAAAAAGACCCUUUUGUUUACUUUUAAUGUGCCUGGAUCAGGCAAUACCUCCCCAAAAGACAUGGAAGCUCUGCUGCCUCUGAUGAACAUGGUUAUUUACUCCAUUGACAAAGCAAAAAAGUUCCGUCUGAAUAGAGAAGGCAAACAAAAAGCUGACAAGAACAGGGCGCGUGUGGAAGAGAACUUCCUGAAACUGACUCACGUGCAAAGGCAAGAGGCUGCUCAGUCCCGCAGAGAAGAGAAGAAACGGGCAGAGAAAGAGAGAAUCAUGAACGAGGAAGAUCCAGAGAAGCAGCGCCGUUUGGAGGAGGCUGCUCUGCGGCGCGAACAGAAGAAGCUUGAGAAGAAGCAAAUGAAAAUGAAGCAAAUCAAAGUGAAAGCCAUGUAAAAAAAUGAAGUAGCAAGAAGCUUAUUUCUUGGUGCCAACCACAGAAUUGCAGUGUGCUGCCUACAAUGCGCUAAUUAUAACCAUGAUUUUAAUUAAGAACCACUUUUGACACUACCCUUUGUUGCUUGUGGGAUUAUGUGUGAAGUGUUUCUGUACAUGUGAAAAGGUUAGGACGCCAAGGAACUCAUUUUGAGUCAGUCAUGAGAUUGUUUCUCAAAAAGCUGCACUGGUAAUUAAUUCUGAUACAACUUUCUCACAUGCAUGUAUGCACGGAAGUGCAUCAAAAAUGAUUCAUUCAACACUAAAAAUGUCAUUUCGGUCAGCAACUAUAGAGAUUAUUUGCAUCAGUACUCCCAAUGUGUAGGAUACAAUCUUGAAACCACUCCAGCCUUUGGUCAGUGGCAAUGCUAACAGAUAUUUUCAGGGUUACAGCUACUGUUCCGAAUUAAUGUGACAUCCAAAUCUGUAUCUUGAAAGCUUUGCAGUGGUCUUCCAUGUUGUUGGAUUGGGUUUCUCUCUCUAUGUGCUUUGGUUGGCAUUUCAGAAAUUUGCAAUAUUUCUUGGGAUCCUUUCACUUAUUUCCUAUGUAUAUAUAACUUCUGGGAAUGUGCCAGCAAUGCAUAUGCACUUUGAUUCUAUUUUGGGGAUGUGGGAAGAAUAAAGAAUUUUAUAUUGGCCAAGAUUUAAAAAUUACAUUAGCCCUAACCUUCACAGAAUUAAAAAUAAAAUAAAAUCAACAGUGUAGUUGAUUAGUACAACCAGCACACUCGCCAAUCAAGCAGAAACAUUAAAUAUGUAUGUUAUGGAUAGUUCUAGGUUUCAAAAUAGUUGUAGGUGGUGGGAGAAAUGGUUCAUUCUUUAAUAGUGCUUGCAGUAGAAGGGUGCUAAAUCAGUAUUAUUUAAAGACUUGUGCGGUCCCUCGCAUCAUGUAUUCCAGAAUCAGGCCAGAGAAAGAAGCUGCUAAGUGUGCUUUAGGGCAAGCAGACUAGAAAUCAGCCUGUAGGUUACAUAUUGCAUAGACCAUAGUAAGCCUGCAUGUGGAUAAAUGUUUUUGUUCAGUCUUCAGAGUAUCUGCUCCUGCAAAUAAGUGGUCAAUGUUGUUGGUGUAUAAGCAGCUGGGAAAUGACAGAUGCAAAACCAUUUUUCCUGCCAAUAUACUUUAAAUUUCAUUACUGCAUAUUUGAAACAGCAGGAAACCCAAUAUCAGUAAUGGUGAACCUUUUUGAUCCCGAGUGCAAAUAAAUAAAUAAAUAAAAUUUUAAAACUGCACUAACCCAGCAGGUGGCAGCGGAGGCAGAAGUGGCAGCAGAAGACUAAUCCCUGGCAUGGAAGUACUUUCAGACCCCACUCCGGAUCUGCCCAUCUCCGUCACUACCUAUAGCUCGGCCGGCGUGCCUAGGCCAGCACCAGCUGCUCUGAAUCCUGGCCCGCCUCCUCCUCAGGUUUGGCUGCCAGGGGUAGCAAUCCAGCAACUUAUGGCUCACGUGCCCACAGAGAGGGUUCUGCGUGCCAUCUGUGGUACACGUGCCAUAGGUUUGCCACCGCUGCCCUAUAGCCUGAAUCCAGUUGGUAGUCUCAGCUAGAGUUAAACCCAUUGAAUCAAUGGGAUUUACAUAAGCAUUGACUCUCCAUUCAGCAGUUAAUCCAGUUGGUCUUCUCUAGUUAAGAGUAACAAUUGGACUUAGGCCUUUGUGCGUGCAUGUGCAUGUAUGCAGGCUGUUGCAUGAAGAUCUCUGAAAUCAGGCAUUUGGUUCUUCAUGCUUCACCUCUGUCACUGCAGAUCAUCUAAUAUCCACCCACACAGCUGGUUUGUGUGUACCUGCUUUGUGCAUUUAGAUCUGUUGUACCCAUUUGCCUGCAUAGAUGGUGUUCGCUGGUUUUGGUGGGUGCAUUUGUUGGGAUUAAUUUCUUUUUCAGAUAGAUGCUUAAUUGUUUUUAGCCACUUUCCUCCUUAUUUCAGAGUGUUUUUCUAACGGUGUCAUUUUCCUUCAUUGUUUCUGUGGCUGCUACCUAGAUAACUGUUGACAAGGAGCUAGGGUUGAAAUAAUUGUGCAAUUAUUUCCCUGGUAAAGUAAAAUAAUUUUUAGAAGAGAGUAUCUUUUUUGUAUCUGUUUAAGGUUAUUUACGAAGGAGUUUGCGUGUGUUGGGAAAACGGGAACUGGAGCUACUCCCAUUUUGCAGUCUUGUGGAAUUGCUGCAUUUUAUAAAUGCGCAUCUAGAUGGCAUUGGAUUGUUGUGUGUAAAUGGGCACUUUCUGCAAAGGGUUUAAUGGGAAGAAACAUAAGGGUGAAAUUUGUUUCUUAAUGUAUUUUCUUGAUGAUGCUUUUAUCUGCAAAUAUCUCUGAUGCAAUAACAUUAAGCUGCUCUUUAAAACAGCAUGUGCUAAAACCUAUUUGUCGGAGCAUGAAAAUGCAGUUUCUUUCUGAAUGCAAAAACCUUCAGCCUGAAAAGACAUUUGAAUUUAGUAAUUUUUAUAUAACUAUCAUUUAUGGUACUUUACAGCAGAAAUGGCAAUCCUAUGUGGGAUUCAAACUAUUUUGUCACUAGAUGUAGAAAGUAAGAUUGAAUAAAGUAUUGUUUCACAGAA